AUGGGAUGUAGCGGGCGGCUGCUGGGACCCGUCGGGGGCCGCCGCGCCUCGCUGCUCCUCACCAUGAUCCUCUUCUUCACCUACUUCUUCUACUGCCUGCCCGGGCCCUGCGAGCCGCUGCCCCCCGCCCUGCUGCUGCCGCCGCCCGCCGCGCUCCCCGACGGCGCGGGCCCGGGGGCGGCGGGCCCGGGGGCGGCGGGGGGCGGCAGCCGCCGUUUCCCGCAGGCCAUCAUCGUGGGCGUGAAGAAGGGCGGGACGCGGGCGCUGCUGGAGUUCCUGCGGGCGCACCCCGGGGUGCGAGCCGUGGGCGCCGAACCCCACUUCUUCGACAGGUGCUACGAGAAGGGGCUGCGCUGGUACAGGAGCCUGAUGCCACGGACGUUGGAGGGGCAGAUCACGAUGGAGAAGACCCCCAGCUACUUCGUCACCAAGGAGGCUCCCCGGCGCAUCUACAACAUGUCUCGGGACACGAAGCUGAUCGUGGUGGUGCGCAACCCCGUCACCCGCGCCAUCUCGGACUACACGCAGACGCUUUCCAAAAACGCCGCCAUCCCCAGCUUCCAGGCCCUGGCCUUCAAAAACGUCAGCACGGGACUGAUUGACACGAGCUGGAGCGCGGUGAGGAUCGGGAUCUAUGCCAAGCACCUGGACAACUGGCUGCAGUACUUCCCCCUCUCCAAAUUCCUCUUUGUCAGUGGGGAGAGGCUCGUCAGCGACCCGGCCGGGGAGAUGGGCCGUGUCCAGGACUUUCUGGGUCUCAAGAGGGUGGUGACGGACAAACAUUUCUAUUUUAAUGAGACCAAGGGCUUUCCCUGCCUGAAGAAGCCGGAGGGCAGCAGCAAGCCCCGCUGCCUGGGGAAAUCCAAGGGGCGGCCGCACCCCAAAAUCGACGUGCAGGUGGUCCAGCGCCUGCGGGAGUUUUACAGACCCUUCAACAUGAAGUUUUAUCAGAUGACAGGGCAGGACUUUGGGUGGGACUGA